UCGCCAACGAUCAAGUGAGUCAAGCGAGACAAGACUGCGAUCAGUCUACGUCUGAUCGCCGAUUUAUCCAAAUACUUAUAUCUUACGAAUCAAGUUUUCCGUUAUCUAACCAUGUCGAAUCGCAAUCUGGUUAAAAUUUUUCUUCUGGUGGCAUUGCUCAGCUUGAGUUUAAUGCCAUUUAGCCAAGCACAUCCAAAACGUGGUCGUAAACGCGCCUUCGGCUUGGGUCUUAUGGGUGGAGUUCUAGCUGGAGGAGCUAUAGGCACCCUUGCGGCGAGGGCCCAUCAGGCUCCAGCAGCCGCUCCCGCUCCUCCGGUGGCGGUCGUCCACCACCACUAUCCGGCCGGUGUCCCUGCGCCCAUUGCUGCGGCGCAACCAGCCCAUCCAGAGUCCAAGAAGAUGACCGUCAUCGAGACCGGCACCCCCGAUGCCAACGGAUGCUACAAGCAAACCGUCCGCGAGCCCAAUCCCAACAACCCGAAGUCCUAUACGGAAACGCAGCAUUUGAUUUGCCCGACGCUGCAGCAGGCCAACCUGCCGGCUCCUGCGAUUGCUCCAAGUCCUGCCCACGUUCCUGUGAUGCCGCAGCCCUUGCCAGUGUUCCCUGCUCAUGUGGCAGGACCUCCACCUCCUGCCGCUGCCCCUGUGGCCACUGUCGCAGUUGCUCCUGCCGCAGUUGCCCCUGCCGCAGUUGCUCCAGCUGCCGCUCCAGCUAGCGUUCCAGCUGCGGUUGCUCCUGCUCCUCCUGUAGUCGUCCACCCUGCUGCGGUUCCAGUGGCUAUUCCAGCUCCCGCCCCCGCUGCCCCCGCUGUUCAGCGGAAUGCUGGACAGCCCCAAGUCAUCCUACUGUCCAAGAAAACCGUAUACUAUCCCAAAAAGCGAUCAUCAGCUCCGACUCUCAACAUUCCGCAGGGAGUGCUGACGUUGUUAGUGAUCUUUUACAGCAUUAAGGCUUUUAUAAUUUAAAUCAAAAAGUAAUUGCAUAUUUUAGUUUUUUAAAUUCAAAUGUUUAAUUUAAUAAUCCGUUGUCUGUCUUCUUUAGAGUCGUUAAAUAUAACCGAAAAGAAACCAAAAAUUAGAAUUUCUUUCAAAAUGUUUGCAAAAUGAUAAAUGGUUCAAUUGAAAUAUUAAAUUAAAACUUUAUCUACUAACAACAAAAUUAGAAUUUGGAAAAACACAUAAAUAUUUAGAACACAUUUCAGUCUGUUGCUAACAAAAAAACGUAUACCUAAAACGUACCUAUAUAGUACCUAUAGGUGAAGCACCAUUUGUGCAUGUCCUAGGUGAAGAAAAGAACCAAAUAUAUAUUAUGAAAUAUAUAUAAAGUUAUUGUAAAAUAGGUAAAGUUAUUAAGAUUGUUACAGAAAUGGAAACCACCAACUAAAAAAAUACAACAUUAUCUUGUGUUACAUUA